GGUAUGUUACAACUAUGUUGGUUGGUAUCUUAUCUUGCAUGCAAUGCCCGGCUUGGAGGAUCUAACCUGCGCCGUUCAGCUCGACGACGGCGAUGGCUUCAACAGAGGUGGACUUUGGCAUCAGGUUGCAAGAAGCUUCGAAUCUACGGAAAGAACAUCAAAGCUUGCACUUUACAGUGCCGGUCCGUCAGAUUCUACCUGGUCAUGGACAUACCGAGAUCCCUCCCGCGAGGCUUGCCUUGAUGCCUGUACUCAAAACUUUGGUUGUUGACAUGCACUUUCUCUUCCUCAUGUUUCGUACACAUAAGGGAGACGAAGACCGUUUCCAAGAUGAUCAAAACGAAAGCGUUUCACGAAAUGUGGAGACCGAAGACGACUCACCCGACGAGGAAGACGAAGACGAUUCUCAAGAUGGGGAGAGCGGAGACGGCUCAAAAGAUGAAGAAAGCGAAGACGAUUUCCAAGACGAGAGUGGUGAAGGUGACGCAGACAAUUUACAGCAUAUGUCAGGCGCUCGUUGGGGUGAAGACUACCUGGACAGGUCACUACCAACGAGUCUGGACUUUUUGGUAAUGCACCCUUCUUGGGAACGGGCAGCUUAUACUUCCUACACUUCUGAAGCACAUAUGGCCGGACAAAUAAGUCAAUUGCUUUCCCUGAUGUGCCACGAGAACUUCGCACAACUCAGAUAAGUGACGUGCUGCUCUACGGUCGCCCAAAACUUGACCCUGCGCAACAGUCGUAAGCCUAGGGUGGAGUUCCAGCGAUGGAUCGCUUCGCGACAGUUCGAAGUUAUUUCAGUCAUCGCAAGAAUGUUUUUGAGGCCAGCAAGACAUUAAACGCGUAUUCUCUCCGCUGUGAGACCCCCGGCUGUGUUCCUAUGGAGAGGCUUCAGUGUAUGCCAACGCGAUUUACUUUUGUUCACGAUGAUAGAUCGGACUCCGUGCCGCUCUUGUUAUUCAUCGUGAGACUCGGAAUUGCGAAGGAGCUUCAUGUCGACCACAAUAUAAGCAAAGCCUUGUCCGAGACCAAGGUUUCGAUAGUAGAUGAGGCUGGGCCUAAACCAUGUUCGUUAAAGACGCGCCUACUGACUCGCAGAAUCUUCAUGGUAAACAAGCU